AUGCUUACUAGGUUCCAAGAAGGAAGUCAGAACACCGGAGAAGAAUAUCUGGGAGGACCGCUAGCAAGGUCGUCGGAAUUCUGCACCACCGCCAAUGGAUGCUGCGGAUUUAUUUUCAAAGCAGGAGCUGAAACCAGCGUAAGCUGCUGGGCUUUGAUCUCUAAAUGUUGGGCCAGGCCCACUUCACCCAAGCAAAGAAGCUCUUUGGACGUUGGUGUCACCAGAGCAUACCGGAUGAAAUACAAGGCCUCGCCAGAGGGAUCUUCAUGCAUCCGUAUGGACCAUCGUCGCAGGGGAGAAGCAGUCAUCGAGAUACGAUCUCGAGAUGAUUUCAGCCGAGGACGAGGAGGGUUUGUGGGCUAG